AUGCAAAUUUCCUCUGAACCUGCAGAAACAUCUUCUACUAAAAUUGCAGAAACUAGUAGCCAAAAUAUAAGCUCUUCAAAUGAAGACAACUCAACAAAAACUUUUACAAAAGCUACUACAGAAACUAAGACAAAAGAAGCUGACGAAUCUCACCUCACAAAAAUGGUUAAGAACUCAGACUCAGAAAAAGAUAACAAUAUAGAAGAGAUUACCUUCAAUAUUGUAACCUCUAAGAAACUGUAG